GGACCCUAAAACACACCAUAAAAGAGUAAUUAGUUAUAUUGUAAUUCUCUGAUUUUAGCAGUCAUGCCUAUCACUAGAGCUAUCAACGAACUAAACAUUCAGUGAACAAUUCGUGAAGCGUUCGAGUGAAAGUUCGUUUAAUUUACGUUCGUUCGUUUAAUAAUUGAACGAACAUGAACAAGAUAUUUAAUUCGUUCGAUUAACGAACAUGAACAAAGGUCCCGUUCGUUCAAUUGUGUUUGUGAACGUUCGGUAACGUGUUCGUUAAUAUUCGUUCAUGUUCGUUUGUUUAUGUUCAAUAAAUAUUUUUGUACUUUUAUUUAUUUUAUCUCAGCUUUUUAUAUUCUCUAAUUGUAUUUAUCUUAUUACCCUAACAAUUAAAACCUUUUCUCACUUUGUAUAUGUAUCGUUCCCCUUUCCUUAUUAAAUAUUCACAUCAACGAACACUAUCAACAUAUGUUCCACAAUUAUGGCCUCAAGUUCCAGCGCUGCUCUCCCAGCCAUCCACCUCCAUCCUCUUUCAGUUUCACCAGUUUUGUUUGUGUUCGUUAGUGUUCAUGAAUUUCUUAAUGAAUGAACACGAACAUAAAAUCUCGUUCGAUAAGUGUUCAUGAACCGUUCGUGAAGACGUGAACAGAUUUAUUUUCUUAAUUGAACACCUUGUUCUUGUUCGUGUAAUUUGUUUACAGCACUACCUAUCAUGCUAAAUAAUAAGAAAAUAAAUUACGGGUAUCUAUCAUUAAUCUCAACUAUAACACCCAACUAAAAUGUUGCUGAAUAAUCAUCAAGUGGGUCAACAAUCACCUCUCCAUAUAUAAAUAUGCUUAAUAGGUGAACGGGUGGAGAUAAGCUUAGUUUCGUGUACUCUAUCAUUAGUCACCUCUACACCCUUUCCAUUUUACAAUUAUAUCAGUUUCAUACAUACAUACACACAAGUGCAUAAAUUCACUGAUCAGAUCAGAUCAUUCUCUAGUUGUAUAAUUAAUGAUGGAGUUGGGUAGCAUUGUUGAUUUUCUAGAGAACAAAGUUGUAUUAGUCACAGGUGCCACAGGUUUUCUUGCCAAAAUUUUUGUGGAGAAGAUAUUAAGAGUUCAACCAAAUGUGAAAAAACUAUAUCUUCUCAUUAGAGCUCCUGAUGCCCCUUCUGCCUCGCAACGGUUUAAUACGGAGGCAGUGGCUAAGGAGUUGUUCAAGCUCCUAAAAGAGAAACAUGGUUCAGAUUUGCACAAGUUUUUGUCUGAGAAAGUUACUCCUUUUGCCGGAGACAUCACUUGUGAGGAUUUGGGAGUACAAGGCUCAAGUUUGAAAGAAGAAAUGUGGAAAGAUGUUGAUGUUGUUGUUAAUGCGGCGGCCACCACCAACUUUGAUGAAAGAUAUGACUUGGCCCUAAAUCUUAAUACAUUUGGCGCUAUAAACGUUGUGAACUUUGCAAAGAAAUGUGUCAACUUAAAGUUGCUUCUCCAUGUGUCAACAGCCUAUGUCUCCGGUGAGAAGCCAGGAUUAAUGCUUGAAACUCCAUACCACUUGGGAGAGUCACUCAAUGGAACAAAUGGGCUUGACAUAUAUGAAGAGAGGAGGAUUGUUGAGGAUAAACUUAAAGAGCUCAAAUCUGAUAAUAAUGCUAAUGAUAAAUCCAUUAAAAUAGCCAUGAAAGAUUUGGGAUUGCAAAGAGCAAAUCACUAUGGUUGGCCAAAUACAUAUGUUUUUACCAAGGCGUUAGCGGAGAUGGUUAUUACGCACUUAAAGGGAGAUAUGCCACUCGUUAUUCUUCGUCCAUCAAUCGUUACCAGCACCUUCAAAGAACCCAUACCUGGUUGGGUUGAAGGCAUUAGGACCAUUGAUAGCUUGGCUCUUGGUUAUGGCAAAGGCCAAUUAACAUGUUUCCUAGGAAAUCCUGAGGCUGUAUACGAUGUGGUACCGGCUGACAUGGUGGUGAAUGCUAUGAUUGCAACAAUAGCUGCUCAUGCAAAUAAAACUAGUUCUGAAACAAUAUAUCAUGUUGGAUCUUCUGUAUCAAACCCUGUAAAGUUCAGCAGGAUUCAAAGAUGUGGUUACCGAUAUUUUUCCGAGCAUCCAUGGAUUGGAAAGGAUGGCAAGCCUGUAAUUGUUGGUGAAGUUACAGUGUUGAAUUCAAUGGCUAGCUUCCAUAGAUAUAUUAGUCUUCGUUACUUGCUUCCUCUACAGGUACUUCAAAUUUUGAAUCUUAUACUUUGCCAAGCUUUCGCUAGCACAUACAAGAAUCUUAACCGAAAGAUAAAGUUUGUGCUAAGGCUAGUCGACCUUUACAAACCUUACUUGUUCACAAAAAGCCUCUAUGACGAUACGAAUACUGAAAAGCUACGUAGGGCGGUUAGAGAGAUUGGAGAUGAAGAAACAAUCUUCUUCUUUGAUCCAAGGAUAAUUGAUUGGGAGGACUACUUCGAGCAUACACACCUUCCAGGUGUAAGACGUGAAUUCAAAUGAUCAAAUUAAGAGAUCAUUAUACAAGUAUACCGAUCAUAUAUAUGUUUCGCCUGUUCUAUAUACCAUCAUGCAAGAACUGUACAAAGGAGGGAAAAGAAGUAUCGUUCCUCAUACAUUUAUCUUUUAUUGGAUUAUACGUCGUUGAUCAACCAAUUAUUGUGUUUAUUUUACCUGUAAAGAAAAUUUCAUAAAUUAUAUUGGUUAGUGUCUUAUAUCUAUUUGUUCUAAUAUUCUUUAUGAUUAAUGAAUGCAUGUAUUCGUUCUAAUA